UGUAUCGCUUGCAAAAGACUUAAAGACUCAAGGUGGCAUAACAGACAGGAGGAUCGGUAGAUUCGCGCGAGGAGAAAGUUUCCAAGGUAUAGAAACGGCUAACAGCUCUCUGGUCCGUUUCAUCUUCCGCCUGGUCCCGUUCACUACGGCUAGUUCGCACGUGUUUACUCUGAUCGUCUACGAAUUUUAAAUCGAUCCCCGGUCUCCUUAGUGUCGUGCGGACGUCUGUUUCACGGGAACAUCGGUUAAGUUGUCACGUGAUGGUGGAAGUUCUGAUGGAACCAUGUAGCCAAGAGUUGAUCGCGGAGAAGGGUUGCAACCUGAACAACCCGAACUCCGUGAUACGAUUAGCCAACAACGACUCGAACCUGAAGGAGCCGGACCUUACUCCGAUUCAGAGCUUCUACAAUGGACAAAGCAUCUUCAUCACAGGUGGUACCGGUUUCGUCGGCAAACUCCUGAUAGAGAAAUUGCUACGCGACUGCCCCGGGAUCUCAAACAUGUACUUGUUGGUGCGUCCGAAGAAAGGGAAAGACGUACACGAACGCAUCGAGGAAUUGUUCGACGAUCCGGUGUUCAGCCUGCUGAAGGAGAAGCACCCGAAAUUCCGACACCAGAUCGUGGCUGUGGCGGGAGAUUGCGUUCAACCGGGCCUCGGGAUGUCUGCCGCGGACAGACAAAUGGUAGCGCGGGACGUCUCGAUCGUAUUUCACGUGGCUGCGACGGUCAGGUUCGAUGAGAAAAUGAAACUCGCUGUGCCGAUCAAUGUUCGCAGUCCGAAAGAUGUGAUAGAUAUUUGCAAGGAGUGCUCGUGUCUAAAGGCGUUCGUGCACGUUUCGACCGCGUAUGCCAAUUGCCCGUACAAUCUGAUCGAAGAGAAGCUGUACGAGCCGCCGAUGGACGCGGACAAAUUAGUGACUCUUACAGACUGCAUGGACGAGAAACUGGUCGAAGAAAUCACCCCCAGAUUAUUAGGCGGAUGGCCGAACACUUACACCUUCACAAAGGCGAUAGCCGAGAGCGUGGUCGUAAAAGAAGCCGAGGAUCUGCCUACAGGAAUAUUUCGUCCCGCAAUCGUCAUAUCGACGUAUAAAGAACCGAUACGAGGAUGGAUCGACAAUUUGUAUGGGCCAACUGGUGUCGCGGCUGGCGCGGGUGCCGGGCUUUUGCGGUCGAUCCACUGCGACGGAGCCGUACAGGCCAACGUUGUUCCAGGGGAUUUAACAGUAAAUGCGUUGAUAGCCUGUGCAUGGGACGUUGCGAAUCGUCGAAAGUCCAUAAGCAAGGACGGGAACAACUUCCAAAUUCCAAUUUACAAUUACGUUUCGGUAGACAAUCCGAUUACGUACGAUCAGCUGAAGGAUUUGUCCGAACGAUACGGGCUAGAGUUUCCCAGUGGCAAAGCCAUAUGGUACUACAGCUUUCGAAAUAAUAAAUACAAGAUCGUACAUUUGUUCUACGUCUAUUUCUUGCACCUGUUGCCAGCCCUGUUGAUGGAUACCGCCAUGGUGUGCAUGGGAAAACAACCACGGUAAGUCCCCAUGUUAACUACUUCUGC